GCCUUCAACGGUGCUCGUCUUCCUCCGAAGUUUGCCCGCUCACUGGCUCUGCCUAGCCCUAACUUUCAAAUUUGAAGAACUUCUACUAUAAGGCUGUAUGUGUAUCACUUCGCAUUACAUGGUUUCAAUACUCCGUAUUAUAUAUGUUCAAUUCAAUCACUGCACACUCUCAAUUGCUGCCAUCAGUUUUGUUUCCAAAGGAAUCACACCUCUAAUUUUCUAUGUGAAGAAUACCAUUUGAUUCAUUGUUUCGUAUAUCUUGUAGUGGUUGAUAUUUGCAGUUACCUUCUUCCUGCCCACUUCUGCCUUUUACAAUUUACGUAGUAUACGUCAAUUCAACUAUAGUUUUGGGUUUAUGUUUUUUAUUAUAAUGUGAUUGGUUCCUUGUAUUUGGCUUGUUUACUUUAAGGUUUAAGCUAGGGGUGGUUCGGUCCGGUAUACCAAAGAUUUUAUCCCAUACCUUUACCAUACCUUAAACUUUCGGUAUGCAAAAAUACAUACCGUUAUCAUACCUUAAUUUUGGUAUACCUUGUUUCGGUAUACCAAAAUUUCGGUACGGUAAGCUUUGGUAUCGGUAAAUUAUCAUGAUUUAAUAUCAAAUUAUUAUUUAUCAAAUGAAAUAUAGAAAAUCAGUGUUAAUAGUGAUAUACUAAAAUUAUUAAUGAAAUUAAUUAUAAAAUACCAAUGAUAACCUAUAUGUGUUCUAUUCAACUUUGAACAAAAAUAUAUUAUAAAUAUGUACAGAUACUUCAACACAUGACAUAUGAAGAUAACAACACAUUCUCCUAAAAUAAUAAUUUAAACAACAUAAGUAUAUUUGAAAUUACAUCGAUCUCCAACAAAAAGUAUAAAUAAUUCAAGAAACAUGGAUAUAAAGUCAUUAUCCUUGAAUUAAUGUUGUGUUUGUAGUUAUUUUUAUAAUUUUAAAGAAAUUAUUGGCUUGGAAUUAUGGUAUGACGGUAUAAUGGUAUACCGUUUAUUUCCAAAAUAUAUACCGAUACCAUACUGAAGAAAUUCGGUACGGUAUCAUACCGUACCAAAAGUGUCGGUAUACCAAACACUUCGGUAAAUUCGGUAUUUUUCGAUAUGGUAAGUCUGGUAUACCGAAAUUUCGGAAUUUCCCCCCACCGGUAGUUUAAGCUAUGGAGGAGCGAGACAGGAACAUUGAACUUCCUGCAGAUAUACUUGACAAGAUUAUGGGAAAAUUGUGGCUUGGAGAAGCUGCUAGAAUGGCCGUCUUAAACACUGUUUGGAGAGAUGCUUGGUUUAAUCUCACUAAGGUUGUUUCUGAUGAUUCCUUCCAUCAUAACAUUUACUCAGAUUUUGAUGAUAACCCAGCCACAUGGCAUGAUACAAUCAAUGAUGACCUCAAGAAGCACAAUGGAAAUAUUAAAAAAAUUGUCAUUUUUUUUAAAUGUCUGCAGGUAUGUAUAUGUGAAUUCGAUAAGUUGUUCCUUUCUGUCAUGAAAAAAGGUGUUCAAGAACUGGACAUUCAGAUAUUCAAUGCUGAUGGUAGGAAUUACCCUCUGCCAUCCCGCGUCCUUAAAUGCCCUACACUGAAGACUUUUCAUGCUUGUAGUGUUAAAAUAGACCCGACAAGACCCCGUUGCAUAUUCCCUAAUGUCACUUCUCUUAGUUUUGAUGGAGUUCAUUUUGAUCCAAGUAAUCAACUUAAUGUUGUGGAUCUUCCAAAGCUCCGAAGACUAUUAUUUAGAGGAUGUAAAAACAUCCCUCAUUUCAAUAUUACUGCUCCGAAACUUGGUAGUUUAUCAAUCCAAGAAUGUUACAUUGGCCGUGAUCAUGAUGAUGACAAUGACUGCCGUAGUGAUUGUGAUGAUGAGGAUUACUAUCUUGGCGAUGAUGAUAAGGAUUACAACUCUGACGACGAUGACUACCGCUAUGCAGCCAAUAAUGACGAUGUAAGCUGCUACAAUGACAGUAGCUAUAAUGGAGGUGAUGGUGAUAGAAAUAUGUUUUGCUAUUGCCCUGCCAAUGGAAAAGACAAAUCAAGUAGUGGUUUUCUCCCUACGUACUUGGAUUUGGGAUCUGUUCGUUGGCUUCAUUUGUGUUGUGAUGCUGUUGGGGGUGUUGUUGAUGAUCUUGGCAGAAUGGGACCUCAAAUGACAGCGUUAGACGUGAAAUACCUAAACCUUUCAGGUGUCUACUUUCCAGAUUCUGAUAAUAACUCUAAGUUUAUUAAACUGCUGCGAAGUUGCCCAAAAUUAUACAAACUUGAAAUAUGUUUUCAGCUCCAAGAAUUAGACUUGCCUAGUCGUCGUGAGAGUGUUUCUCGUCUCUUGGAAGGACUUCACAAGCUACAUCACAUACACAACACUGCAAACAUUGAAGCUUGGCUUAUACUCAGGGUCCAAAACCGACAUGCAAUUUAUAACAGGACUGAUAGGCUGCUUCCCGACAUGUAAAAAGGUGUUUAUUUUCGGCAGGUAAGGUUCCCGUCCAAGGAGAAGGCGAAGAUAAGAAGGGAGAUUUUGUGUUCUAGCCGUGCCUCAUUAACAGAAAAAGUUUAUCUGAACUUCUGAAGUAAGAAUCCUUUUGGGUUUUAUGCAUCUCCUAAACCCUCCUGAUAUGCAAUGGAAGGGAAGCUGAUUUCUUUUGCUCUUAAACAGCAAUGGUUUCAAUAUAUAUUAUUAGAAAUGGUAGUUGUGUUUGUAGCUGUUUUGUUAGAACGAAAGUGAGUUUAGUAUUGUGAUAGGACCCAAGUGCACAGACUGGUAAGCUUUAUCUUGCUGUUCGUAAUUGGGGAGAGAACAAAU